CAAUAAGAACCCUACACCAAGACGCCCCCAGCCCCCCAACCCUUCCCCGUCAUCCAUAACUCACCUCCGGCGGCGGCGGCCGCGUCUGCUACACCUUCUCCACCGGCAGAUGUCAACAACCAGGAAGAGACCUUCUCCCAGUUCUGAAGUUGGACAGAGCAAAAAACCAUCUGGAAAGGCUCCCCUGCCCACGGAUCACCUCCCAGACGAUGAUCCCAAAGAUACCCUUCGGGGUGAGGCUUUAGAUGGUAAACCCAUGGUUUCAAAAUUUGUGGUACAGUACUACGUACAGCAGUAUGGUCAGUCUCUCUUCCUGGAUCCAAAUGAGAAAGGCGGCUAUUUUGAUGUGAGAUUUGCAGACCAUAAUCAAGCACAAUUAGUUGUAGAACAACGUGAAGAGUAUCCAUUCAAAGUGACUUGGACACCUACUGUUGAUAGAUCGCAGAUGAUUACCCCUGGGAAAGUGGAAUUGUACCAACCUCCUCGUGAUCGUGAUGUCUACGAUAUAGAGCUUGCUGUCCCCAUGCCUUGGACCAAUCCUUUUCCUGUAAGAUUUGAACCUCGGAAAAUGGCUCAGCCAAAUCCUCCAUUAUUGAUGCCUCCUUUCGCUCAGCCUAUUUGGCCGGAUCCACCACCACGUAACCGUUUCAUUAAGUACUACAUGACCAACGUCCCGGAACCAGAUCCUUCUAUAUGACCAACUUGCCUUCUACAUUGCUGAAGGGUACUAUGUAGUAUGGAUGAGUUCGCUUUUUUGCUAUGAACUUGCCUUCAUAACCAACUAUUCAUUACUGUUGUGGUCAGUAACGUAGUAUAGACUGUUAAUUUUGUGGCAGUGUUGAUUUAUGACAGAUUUGUGGGAUAAACCCCCUUCAUUUAUGUAUGUACUGGUCCAAGCAAAAAUCAUCAAGAAUAUCAAACAAUUUACUGUGUUUUCUUCA